UUCCAGACAGGGAGAGCCCCUUCACGCGGCUUCCUUUCUUCGGAACAAAGAAAAGGGAUGGGACGGGUGGGAGAAGGGAAGUUUGAUCUUUGAAGUACCUUCCUUCUUCCCCACGGUAGUGCGCUCGCCGGAAUCUCGACGAUCUAGCCGGUUCUUCAAUUCUGAACUCGAAAACCGCCCUGUUUCAGCUGAAAACUGUAGCUUUUUUCAGCAGCUGACUUGAAGUAGCCGUUAAUGGUGCUUCUGCGAGGAGCUUUUGUGCAGAAUUUGGUUUAUAUGCGUUGUGCUUCCCUUUAGGCUUAUGUCCAACAGUAAAACGGCGAUUCUUUUUUGUGUUUUGGAUGCUAAGAUCACUUUUCCUAAGCGGAUGUGAUUUUCUGUUCGAAGUCUGGACGUGAAAUUACUUAAUUUAUUAAAAAUUUGUGAAAAAGCUAUUGCUUUGCUGUUUGGAUGGUAUGUUAAUCUUCGAAUCGGAGGAAUUAACAUGAUGAAGUUUUUAGAUUAUUGAGGUCAGGGAGUCUUUUUAGGCCAAUAUAUGUUCUGUGGAACGGUCUGAUGUGGUAAGUUGUCAACAUUUGAACGAUGUAUCUCUUUUCUCUUCCAAUAUUCAGAAGGUGAAUUUGAGCUUAUCCCCUGGCUUUCUCUUUUAUUUUCUUACUUGCUGAUUUCUCGUUUAAUCCUAUCCUUUCUGGAGUUUGGGAUUCUUCUGUGCUUGAGAAAAUUCGCCCACCAAAUCUUUGUUGGCCGUUUUGCAGAAAUUUUCAGAGAUUGAACUCUAACUUAAUCAGCGGUAACAACAUAGAGAAAGCUGAUCUUUGAUGAUACUUUCUGGCAAUCGAUCUUGGUUUAUGCCUUCUGCUAUUAAACUGUGUGUAAGGGAUCGAAGUAAUGAAAAGUCCUCCUUGCCUUCUGGAACUACUGACUUAGUUCUGGUUGUCAUUAAGGAGGAGUGUGUUUGGAUCUUUUGAGGUCAAAUGGUUGAGGAAAACCAAAUGGGAUGUUCUCAAGUUCUGGUCGCCCUAAUUUGAAAGGGCUGAUGGAGGAAGCUGUUGAUGAAGGUGCUUCAUGGGUAAAUGCGGUAAAACUUGCUCCAUUGAGACUGAACCCAAGUCUUACAGCUACUUCUUCAGGCAGACUGACCCCUAGGCAUUCUCCUUCAUAUCGCCGAUCUCAUUCGAGUAGAACACCCCGUAAAGAUCCCAAAAUUCGUGCAGCUCCUCUUAGAUGGGUCAGAGGCAAGCGGCUUUUGCCUUGGCUGGUGAUGAUUGCUGUUUGGAGCUAUGUGGGAUUUCACAUUCAAUCAAAAUGGGCUCAUCAGGAAAAUAAGGACUUCCCUGGUUACAAAGUCAAAACUUUUUCUGAACAUGACAUAGAUGGUCACAUCAACAAUUCAUUUGCCGGAGGGAGAGGUGAUGCAGAAAAGAACCAGAAGGACUCCCUGAAAGAAGGUGGUUCAAUAACGGAUCCAAAUAAAAUUUCUAUUAAUGUGUCAAGCAAUGAAAAACCAGCCAUUCCAAGGACAAAGCGCCGGCGGUCAGCUAAGAAGAAGGUGAAGAAAGCCCCUACUUUUCAAGGCAAUAGGAAUAGUAAUGACAUAGUGAGCGAAAGCAGAGAGUUAAAUGAAGGGACACAAACAAGCAAUACUAAUAUUACGUAUACGAGGUACGGGACACCAGUAAGAAAUACUUCCUAUGGACCCAUUAUUGGUCCUUUUGGUACAAUAGAAGACAGCGUUUUGGAAUGGAAUCCAGGAAAGAGAUCUGGUACAUGUGACAGGACAAGCUUGUUUGCUCAAUCUGUACAGGGUAGGUCUGUCAUUUUGAUAUUUCAUGAGCUUUCAACAACAGGAGCUCCGAUUUCAAUGAUGGAACUUGCUAGUGAACUUUUAAGCUGUGGAGGAACCGUGUCUGCAGUAGCUCUGAGCAAGAAGGGGGGGCUAAUGGGAGUCCUCUCAAGGCGUGGCAUCAAAGUGCUGAUGGAUAAGGCAGAUCGCAGCUACAAGGCUGCAUCAAAGGCAGAUUUUGUGAUUGCAGGUUCAGCCGUAUGUGCCUCCUGGAUUGAGCAGUAUCUUUUGCACUAUAAGAAUAGCUGGAGUCAAAUAAUCUGGUGGAUCAUGGAGAACAGAAGACCUUAUUUUGAACGCUCAAAGCAUGUGCUUCCAAAAGUAAAGAUGCUAAUGUUCCUAUCAGAAUCUCAGUCCAAGCAGUGGCUUUCAUGGUGCAAAGAAGAGAACAUUGAGCUGAAACACUCACCUGCACUGGUUCCCCUUUCUGUUAAUGAUGAACUGGCCUUUGCAGCUGGAAUUCCUUCCUCAUUAAAUAGUCCUUCAUUUACUGUUGAAAAGAUGUUGGAGAAAAGGAAACUACUUAGAGAUGCUAUUAGAAGAGAACUAGGAAUAAGUGAUAAUGAUAUGCUUGUGAUGACACUGAGUAGCAUCAAUCCUGGAAAAGGCCAGUUUUUGCUUCUUCAUUCAGCUGCUCUAUUGUCAAGUAAGUUAUCCAGAACGGAUGACAAAGAAAAUAAUUCCACAGGAGGAAGAAAGUUCUCCACCCACACUGGCAGCAAUCAUCAUCUUCAUAUUGGUAAAAGAAAAAUUUUAAGGGUUCCUUUUCUAUCAUUUGAACACAACCGGUCAUCAGAUAUAUCUAUGAGACCUAGGUGGGCUGGAAAAGAAAACCCUGGUCAAAAUUCAAGCUUGUCACAUAAUUUCUUCCGUAGAAGUCAUCUAAGUCAUGACAGGAAUCACCAGAACAAGCAAACACUGUCCUUGCAUAUGGAAAAGAGGACCGCUGCUCUGAAAGUUCUAAUUGGCUCAAUUGGAUGCAAAAGUAAUAAAGUAGUCUACGUAAAAUCCAUUAUUAGGUAUUUAUCUCAACACCCAGAGUUAGCAAAAGCUAUGUUAUGGACUCCAACUACUACACAUGUUGCCUCACUUUAUGCUGCUGGAGAUGCAUAUGUCAUCAAUGCUCAGGGACUUGGAGAAACAUUUGGACGAGUAACUAUUGAAGCAAUGGCUUUUGGGCUUCCGAUCCUUGGAACAGAUGCAGGAGGCACUCGGGAAAUUGUGGAACAUAACAUCACCGGCCUGCUACACCCUCUGGGACAGAAAGGAGUGCAAACCCUGGCUGACAAUCUUGAGUUUUUGUCAUACAACCCCUCUGCGAGGGAAGCAAUGGGGGCUAAAGGAAGAGAGAAGGUACAGAGGUUAUUCCUAAAGAACCAUAUGUACCAGAAAAUCGCCGAGGUUCUCAAGAAAUGCAUGAAGGUCGAUUAGAACAAAAAAAAAGUAACCAACGAUUCUUUUCCACAUUGAUUCAUCAUUCAUCAAUUCUUUUCUUUGCAAUUGUAAUCGCCAUGUAUGAUUGCAAGCUGUAUUACUCCUCUCUGUAAAAUUUUGUCAUUGUAUUGUAUUACUCCUCUCUGUAAAAUUUUGUCGUUGUAUUUUUCUUUUUAAAGAAUAAUCUAAAGUUUUCAACUUGAGAAAGUAUAAAA